CUUUAAUGAUACAAUCGGUAUUCGACUACAAACCUUGAUCAAACGAUACUCUGAAGGCUAAUUUUAAUACUGAUAAAUUUACCACGAUGCACUAAACAACGAUGGAAAACCUAAACCGGAAUGCAUCUUUUACUCGUGAAUCAUUCGGUUCACACAGUGUCAAAGUCUUGUCGAUGGACUUGAGUGGAAAAGACAGAGACAAAGAAACAGUUCCGGUCCGAAUGUUUGAAGACCAACACAUCAUUCCAAAAUUGGAGCAGCGUCGGAAAAAAGGAUCUUUGCGUCGACUGAAACCGUUUGACUCUGAAAAAGAUGAAAGGCCAAGUGAGUGUGAUGCCAUUGACUUUUCGUCUAACGACUAUCUCGGCUUGGCACAAAGCACGCAACAGCAACAUAAAGUGGAGGAACUCUAUACAACCCUUCCUUCUCGCUACCUGGGAUCGACAGGAAGUCGUCUUUUAACGGGAGACAGUGAAUUUGCUCAAAAUUUAGAGAAACGACUGGCAAAGUGGCACAAACGACCAUCGGCAAUGCUUUGCAACAGUGGAUACGACGCAAACUUGUCUGUGAUGUCUUGUCUUUCGUUGAAUUCGACUGUAAUCAUGGACGAACUCUGUCACAAUAGCAUUCAAAUGGGACUGCGGCUAAGCAAGGGCUACAGCCUUCGAAAAUUCGAGCACAGUAGUCUACGAGACUUGAAAAGAAUACUGAACGAAGAACACAAGAACGUCGAUCAACCGGGAAAACCUGCCAUCAUUGUCGUCGAGAGCGUGUACAGCAUGGACGGCGAUGCGGCACCACUGAAAGACAUUCUUGACAUGGCAUUGUCGUACAAUGCAUGCGUCAUUGUGGACGAGGCGCAUGGACUAGGUGUUCUGGGAGAGAAUGGGCUUGGAUUGCUUGAAGAACACGGAUUAGAAAACCAUCCAUCCCUGCUGUGCUCUGUACACACCUUUGGAAAGGCAGCUGGCUGYCAUGGUGCUGUCGUUUGCGGCUCAUUGAACCUCAAGACGUUUUUGUUGAACUAUGGUCGCCCGAUAGUGUAUUCGACCUCCCUCCCACUGCAUUCCCUCGCGUCGAUCGCCUGUUCGUACGAAAGCAUGACAGGACCGGCGGGGAGGCGCUUGCGUCGGGACAUGCGAGACCGGGCUCGUCUCUUUCGCGACCUAUUUGCCGAAAAAAUUUUGAAGCAGGGAAUUCGCCACACACCCGGAGAUUUGGUACCGAUCGGACUCGUUCCCUCGGCGUCACCCAUCAAUGCCCUGAUCAUUCCCGGCAACAGCCGUUGUUUAGAAUUCUGUGACAACUUGUGGAUCAAGUCAAACAGAUCCAUUCGGCUGUAUCCAAUCCGUUCCCCGACGGUUCCCAAAGGACAAGAACGAGUCCGAAUCAUAUUGCAUGCGCACAACACGGAGGAAGAAAUCGUUUACCUGAUUGAUCUUAUCAAAUCAACGCUUUGCGACAUGGGAAUAAUGAAACACCAUGCAACGGGUAAAGUUUCUCCUCCCCAACGUCCCAAAAGGAUACAUCGCCCAAACAUAAUGUCAAAAUUGUAGAUACAAACUGCGGGAAAAAUCUGUGGUUUGCUAGGUCGGAUUGUUGCCUGAAACAUACUGCGUAGAACCUCUUCGUUAAAGGAACAAAGACCCCCUAGGGUGGCACACUCCAAUCCCUUUCGUUUGGUCGAGACUCUGGUAAUGCCGUUGUUCCGCCGCCUAAAAGGSACUCUCGACUGCAGUAGGGGUUGCAAAAAAUAAUAAAUAAAUAUGAAAUAAUAAA